GCUUGCGAGUCACGGAGAGCUAAACUAUUUAGUCAAAAUCAAGAUUCUGAAAAUGCGGGUGGUAGAAAUCGAGCCACUCCGCCUAGAUUGAAUAAAGUUCGUCAGCAACACAGUCUACGUGCUAUAACACGAAUAAAUGAGAUGGGACCUUCUUCUGUGAUAUCUCGAUCUGAACGUUCUCCGUCAUCAAGGAAACAAAAAGUCUAUUCUGAUUCGAAGCAAACUAUAGGAUUAAGUGUAAACAACAUUCGUAACAAUGCUAUACAAGCAGUGACCCCAUCUACUACCUCCUCCUCUUCUACGCCGUCUGUUUCCACUUGUCAGGCAUCAUCUUCUAGUUCAAACCGUAGUCAAUGCGAUUCGAAGGAAUUCUCUUCUGUGUACAAAGACCUAUUUUUAUGCGUUAAGUCAUUCGCCUUAGUGGAGGACGCUAUUGGCUCCUAUAAUUGGAGUAGUGCCAAAAAGAUUCUUGAACUUGCUCCUCCGUGGAUGGCUGAUUUACCCAUGGCAUUGCACAUGCGUGCACGAAUAGCUUUUGAGCUAACGGAAUAUGCUUGUGCAAGAGAUAUCCUACAGAAAUUGAGGAAGAUGUAUCCACAACGUGUGGAGGGGAUGGAGCUGCUCUCGACAGCUUUAUGGCAUCUACAAGAUGCUCAUGAACUGUCAUCCCUAGCUCAACAAUUAACAGUUGAAGCACGAUCGAGACCGCAAACAUGGUGCGUGGCAGGGAACUGCUUUUCGCUCCAAAGACAGCAUGCAAAAGCCGUCGACUGUAUGGAACGUGCUAUUCAGCUGGAUCGCUACUUUGCCUAUGCUUAUACACUGCUAGGUCAUGAACUCAUCUUCCAAGAAGAGUACGAUCGCGCUGCUAACGCAUUUAGACGAGCAUUAGAGAUCUCACCUAAGGAUUAUCGCGCGUGGCAUGGUCUUGGCUUAGUUCAUUUACGCAAGGAGCAAAUGGGAUUGGCUCAGGUCAACAUUUCAAAAGCUGUUACCAUAAAUCCUACAAAUCGAGCUAUGCUGUGCCAGUUGGCACAGAUUGAACAAGCCUUGAAUCGUCCCGAACGAGCAAUGCGCCUGACAGACAGAGUCGUGUUUUCGAUUACUAUCUGUUCCUGCCCUGUAAUCGCAGUAUCGGGCCACAAAAGCGAAGCAACUAUCCAAGAACACAGAGUCCAAUUAGGCGCUAUCAAUGUCAAGUUCCUCAGUAGAAAACAUCGACAGGCCAGCACAUCCCCAAACGACGAGUGGAUAUAG